AUGCAUGGUCGCAGCAUGGCCGGGAACACGAAGUACAACCUCAAGUGGAACUCCCACCACGCGGAGACGUUCAGCAGCUUCGACGUCCUGCGCAGCAGGGAGCUGCUGGUGGACGUCACCCUGUCGUGCGACGGGCAGGCCCUCAAGGCGCACAAGUUGAUCCUGUGCGCCGGGUCGGGCUACUUCGAGCGGGUGCUCCAGCACGACCGCUGCCAGAACCCGGUGUUCUACUUCUUUGGGGUGGAUGCCCAUCUGUUGAAGUUCCUGAUCGACUUCAUGUACCUGGGGGAGGUGGAUGUCCCCUCGGCGGACCUGGAGAGGUUCAUCCAGUUGGCCGAGGCCCUGGAGAUGAAGGAGCUGAAGUGCAACGACUCCAAGUCGACCCGCAAUUCCUCCAGGGCGUCCGUCUCGAACCCCAAGGAGGCCCCGGCGCGCAAGCGCAAGUCCUGCGGUGAAGAUCUCCCGAGCAGAUCCAAGUCGUCUCGUCGUGCCGGCGCCGCUUCGAGGACGGCGUCGCAGGUGGGUCUCGGUCCUCGUCGGUUCCGUUGCAUUUACCGCCUUCAGUCUUGCUCUCACGUCAUCUACGUGGAAUUGGCUAUUUCCAUCAUUCCAGCUGAAGACUAUGAAGCUCUUGGUAGGCUAGUCCCCGCCGAGUGCCAGUCCUCGCCCAUCCCAUCCGUGUCUGCUGUCCUCUUUCUUCCGUCUAGUCCGAGUGCCAGUGAAGAGAAGGAAGAAUUGGCUGUGAAAGAGGAUAUGGGAGAGGAUUCCAGUGAAAAUGGAGGACCUGAACACUUGGGAGUGCAAGAGGAAUGGGAGGAGGAGUUGCAGGGCUCCAUCGACCUGGAGGGCGAGGGGGCCACCGAGGACAACCCGUUCAUGCCUCAGAACAUCCCGCCCGAGAUACUCGAUCCUUCGACGGUAAGGCCCGAUACCGACUACGUGUGGAGCGGGUACACGAGGAACAGGAUGAAGGUGUGGUUCUGCGGCGCCUGCGGGUACGUGAACCCCGAGAAGGCCAAGCUCGCGAGGCACGCCCUCAUCCACUCGGGGGAGAGGCCGUACGCCUGCACCGACUGCAGCAAGAGCUUCAGCCGGCGGGACAACCUCAUGAAGCACCGGGCGGCGCUGCAUUCGAACCCGCAGCAGUGACGGCGUUUUGCGGCGCCCGCGCGGUGUGGGAGUUUAAAAUCUCCUGGCCGAACCUGUUUCUCUGGUCUCGCUGGAGGUAUUUUCACGAAAUGGGCAACGAGGGGACGCGUGUUCCCUGCGGAGUCGGGGGAUUUCCUUGCCGUUCGUCGUGCCGAAAUGAACCAAUCGAUUAACCAAUUAUUUGAAAUUAUUCGGAUUCAAUGUGAGACUCCAUAUCUUGCUUGGCCUUUUGGAGUAAUAUAUAUUUUUUCACUGUUCUACUUUUGGAUGGAUUGCUGGGGAGAGUCAUCAGGUUCUGCGAGUUUUCUCAUCACUGUAGAAACCGGAACGCCCAAGUUCGGUGCGAAAUUCGGAUGAAGCGUCCGAAAUCAUUUGCAGGUUGGGCUGAUUUGUUUAAUGAAUAGGCAAAUGAACAUUUGAUGAAAAUAUCUCCAGUGACUGCAGAGAUGUUGAUGGAUCUUGCCAUUAAUUUAUUUUUGCAUGUGAUUUUGUACCCAUGCCAAUUUCUUUACAGAUAUGUAAACUCUUUCGCUGGCAUUGCUACAUACGUACAAUAAAACGAGUCACAGAGAUUCCAUCGUUCCCC